GAAACCUAUAUGGCAUUAUUUUAUGAAUAUUUUGGGAAUUUCUAGAAAGAUCGAUUGUGAUUCUAUCCGUCAACUGCUUAUGAAUUGGUGGAUGAAUACUAGUAGUAAAACUGUAAUUGAUCUCUUUAGACACAAUAUCCCAGGUAUAAUUUGUUGGUUUGUGUGGAAGUAUUACACAGGCAUCAUUUGGGGCAACAAUGACAAUCCUCCUACUACAGAGCACAUUAUUUUUCAGAUUGAAAUUUAUAUGCAGGCUUGGGCUUCGAGUUUUAGCAUCUUAAUAGUUCGCUCAGUUGGGGAUGUUCUUUUUGAGGAAAAACUCAUUCCUAAGAACUUCAAAACUUCAGGAGGAGGUACGCAUUUGAGAAAUCAGAACGGUGAGCUGGUCGCUGCAAUUUCAUUUCCGUUGAUAGCUUCCACGAGCUUGGAAGCAGAGAUUCAAGCUAUUCUCACUGCUACCGGAUGGGCGAUUGGGGAAGGCAACUCGCAGUUCCUUGUUUAGAGUGAUGCGGCGCAAGUGCUCUCUUGUUUCGACCAGAUAGGCGGUCAGUGGAAUGGCCUAAUUCAGGAGAUGAAACACCUUCAAAUUAGGCAAUGUGUAUCUAUUGGACAUACCCUGCAUGAAUGUAAUUGGGCCGCUCACCAUUUAGCAGUUCAUUAUACAACUCAAAUGCAAAUUUUUCGUCGACCCAAAGAAUUGCUUUUAACGGCCCGUCAGGCUUAUUUCAGGGAUUUAUUUGGGCUGCCCUCUUUCAGAUGUUUCUAUUAGUUUACUUGCUCAUUGAAUUCUUUGUUAUAUUUUUAGCUCUUUUGGGUCAGGUCUAGCCCCCCAAUUGAGCUUUCUUUUACUUACUUAUUGUAUUUUUAGAGGGAAUGCCCUCUAGAAGAGGUUUUGGUCGAGUCCCCCGCUUCAUUUUGUAUUUCCAUUUUUCUCAAUAAAAUCUGGCAAAUGUUCCCCGGCAUUUGCCCCACUGAUUUUGGUGGUUUCCCUUCCGGGUUAAAAAAAGGUUAUGCCAUUUUCUCAAGGAUAUUCCAAGUUGGUAAAAGUCUGUCCCUCCAAUAUGCAUACAUUGCGAUUGUCAAGCGACAAUUGGAAUGAUACAGAGCAACAUGUAUAAUGGUAAGUCUAGACACGUUCGUCGUAGAAAUAACACCAUUAAACAACUCCUCACAACGGGUUUUAUCACUGUUGAUGGGUAAAUGGCCCAAAUGGGAUCGGCCCAUUAACCCCUGAGGCUCACCGGACGAUCGUCCCCAAAGCCCAACAAUCUGGGGACAAAUACCCUCAGAGUGGUCCAUGACAGUGACGACGUUCGGCUCAUGCACCAAAAUGGCAGUAAGCGGUGACGACGUACGACCUCAUCUCAUGGGGUAUCUAAGCAGGCAAACAACGCAUCAGGAGAAGUACGUCAGGAGACACAGUGGCUCAACAACUUUGAAGGCACCACGGGACACCAGGCAGCCAUUGCCUAGGGACGAUUGUCGCCACCCAUUGGCGGGAAACCAUGCCAAGGAAGCCACUGUCACGUCAGGAGCGUCAGCUAAAGGCAAUACAGACGUCUCCAAGAACUUGGGGUAACUAGAGAUGCUUUC